UUGGUCUUGGAAAGAUGGGAAGUAGGUUUAACAUACUUUAGGAAUCCUUUUUGCUUUUAAUCAGAAGUAAGAAAUGCAGAUUCAUAUUGCUGGAAAUGGUAACAAAAGGCCAUUUCGUGAGUUAAAUGCAUCAGAAAUCAAUUUACAUAAAGGUAUAUGAUGCAUUCAGAGAAAUGCAAUGCUAAUGGCUUUUAGAGUGGUUCUCUUUCCCAAGUCUCGGGGUUUUUAGUUACAGUCUUAAUUGGUGCAGUUCGCAGUCUGGUUUAUUGUGUGGUCAACUGAACAUAUGAUCAGGAGUUAUUUUGAAGGAAAUCCUGUUUUGUUUGGUCCUUUAAUUUUUUUUAAGUGGCCUAUUUUAAGGACCCUGAAGCUUCUGUUGUAACUAAGUUGGGCAACUAAGUAGCAGGAAAAGUUUGCCCUCUCCUCCUCACUCUUUUGCUUCAGAGGUAUACAGUAUGUCUUAGGGAACAGCCAGAUGCUUUAGCUUGAGCAUGGACAGUUUACAAAGGACAAAGGGAAAACACACUGCUUAAUUGGCAGUAAAUAACUUGAUCUUUUUAUAGUGCAAAUGACUGAACAGUAGCCUGUUCGACUACUGGAUUUGAGGCAGAGCAAAUUAAUCAGUUUGGAAUAAGCUUUAUGAAUUGGUUCCAUUAUUAAUCUCCCUGUUGCCCUGCUUGUACAAAGCAUUUAUUAGAAAGUGAGAAACACACUUGUGGGUUUGCAUGUGUGUCUAUUUCUACCUCCACCCCUCCCCAAGCAGCACUUUUACAGCCAGCCCUGCUAGCUGUUUCCUGAGUGGUGCAUGCUUGAUUGUUCUGCCUCUCUGCUUUUACAGAAAAACUUUUUUUUUUAGGGCAACAAAGCGCUUAGCAUUUAAAUUGCUGAUCAAGGGCAGAUUAGUGAGACAAAAGUAGAUGUGUUUGUAUAGGAAGUUAACAGGCUUCUGAAAGUUAAGUGAUCUAUUAUUAUCCAGUAAAGCGUCCUUUGGGAGGGGGACCCCACUUUCAUUUGAUCUUUUGAAGAAAUAAAUAAGUAAAUAGGGAGGAUCCUGGCUGAGCCCUUGCAGAUAACAAUAGCAUGGAAAAGGAGACCUUGAAAAACUAGUUUCACAACUUUCUCACAGUUUUCUCCAGAGCUUAUACUUGCCUCUCCUGUAAAAUAGAACCAAACAAUCCCCAGAACCAUUCCCAGCUUGUGAGCUACAGCUGCGCUCCCCAAGAGUUGUGGCCAGGGAUUGUGGCCUCAUCUCGGCUGUUUCUUUUAAUUCCAUUCUCAUUUUAGGACUGUGGGGCCCAGCAAUUUAUAUCUGGGAGGACCAUGUAGACUGUGUGACUCCAGACCAUGGUGAACCCAGGCAGCAGCUCGCAGCCUCCCCCGGUCACCAGUGGCUCCCUCUCAUGGAAAAGAUGUGCAGGCUGCGGGGGGAAGAUUGCUGAUCGCUUCUUGCUCUAUGCUAUGGAUAGCUAUUGGCACAGCCGGUGCCUGAAGUGCUCCUGCUGCCAAGCCCAGCUGGGGGAAAUUGGUACGUCCUGCUACACUAAGAGCGGCAUGAUCCUGUGCAGAAACGACUACAUCAGGUUAUUUGGAAAUAGCGGCGCUUGCAGUGCUUGUGGGCAGUCAAUUCCUGCUAGUGAGCUGGUUAUGAGAGCACAAGGGAAUGUCUAUCAUCUGAAGUGUUUUACGUGCUCAACCUGCCGGAAUCGCCUGGUCCCUGGAGACAGGUUUCACUACAUCAAUGGCAGUUUAUUCUGUGAACACGAUAGACCUACAGCCCUCAUCAAUGGUCAUUUGAAUUCACUUCAGAGCAAUCCACUACUGCCAGACCAGAAGGUCUGCUAAAAGGUCAGUACUGCAGAAUGCGUGCCUUCAUCUCAAACUUUGUUCAUCACAGAUGGAUCCCAUGUCUCCAGUAGACAAGUCACCUUUGUAGCUAGCAUCAAUGCCAGCUCCAUGCCAUUGCACCUUCUUUACUCUUGGUUGCCCUUCCCACAUUUAUUGGUGUAUUAAAAUGACUGAAAAUGAACAUUAAGGACUCCAUGAAUCUGGGCUAUUGGGAGACUGUAGAGGAAAUGGAGAAAAAUGUCCACCAGAAGAGAACAACUUUGGGUGGGGAGGGAGUGGGGGAAAUGACUAAUGAAGCUAAUGAAGAUAAGCUUUCGAGUCUGCUUUCUACCCUCAUUAACAAUUAGCAGGGCACUGGUCAAAAUUUGUACCCUGUGUUUUACCUUAACAACAUUCUCUUUGCUCUUUGUAUAUUUAAUUGUUGUAAGGAAAUGUGUUUCAAAACUCAAAACAUGAGAUAAAGGAAAGAUGGGGCUCUUGUGAUAUUCUAUCACAAACACUUUUAUUGUAUCUCUGUAAAAUACAAUGUAUGUAUGCAUGUAAGUGUUUUUUUUUGUCCUAAUGUUGCUACUUCCCAUGACACAAAAAAGAAAAAAAAUCAAGCUCAUAGCAGCUACUGUGUAGAAAUUUUCACCUACUCCUAAUUUGCUGAAUGAAGAAGAAGAAAACUUUUAUUUGUGAUACUUUCAGAGACAUUUGCUCUAGUAUGGUGUAUUUAAAUAAUAAAAACUUAAAAUGAAAA